UGAUCCUCCACGGUGAUUGUCUCCGCACAUAACCUCUCACCAGCGUGGCACUAUCUCUGAGGAACGACCGACGAAUGGGCUGCUUUAGCGGAUCAAAGCUUGAUUUUUCUUGACGAAAUAUACUCAGGGAGGACUCGUAUGCGACUCUGUUGAGGAUUUACGGAUCUAUACAAGUGAAAAUUCGCGGGAUUUUGGUUCAUUUCUCGGCGGGCCCAGAUACAGCUUUACAUCGAUAGAGAGACUCAACUCAGGUCCUUUCGUCCUGACAUGGACACAGGAAUUGUACCCGAAAAGAAAAGAGUGAGCGCCGAGCGGAGGAAGGAGAAGUCGAGGGAUGCCGCGCGAUGUCGGCGUGGAAAGGAGUCAGAGGUGUUCUACGAGCUGGCCCAGGAGCUGCCCCUGCCCCACAGCGUCCGCUCCAGCCUCGACAAGGCGUCCAUCAUGAGGCUCACUAUCAGCUACCUGCGCAUGAGGAAACUGCUCAGCAACGAUGAGCCAAUGGCAGAGGAACAAACAGAGCUUGAUGAGCAGCUAAACAGCUCCUACCUGAAGGCUCUGGAGGGCUUUCUCAUGGUGCUGUCUGAAGAUGGAGAUAUGAUCUAUCUCUCUGAGAAUGUCAACAAGUGCCUUGGGUUGGCACAGUUUGACCUGACAGGACACAGUGUGUUUGACUUCAUACAUCCCUGUGACCAAGAGGAGCUGAGGGAGAUGCUGGUCCACAGAACAGGCUCCAAAAAAGCCAAGGACGCAAACACAGAACGCAGCUUCUUCCUCAGAAUGAAAUGUACCCUCACAAGCAGAGGACGCACUGUCAAUGUAAAAUCAGCCACAUGGAAGGUGCUUCAGUGCUCAGGUCAUGUCCAAGUACAUGACAGCCACAGUGAGCAGACCUCCAACGGGCAGAUAGAGCCUCCUUUCCCCUACUUGGUUUUAAUCUGCGACCCAAUCCCUCACCCAUCCAACAUUGAGGUCCCUUUGGACACCAAGACCUUCCUCAGCCGCCACACGAUGGACAUGAAGUUCACUUACUGUGACGAGAGGAUCACUGAGCUCAUGGGCUAUGAUCCAGAGGACCUGUUGAAUCGUUCAGUGUAUGAGUAUUACCAUGCUCUGGACUCAGACCAUCUCACAAAGACUCACCACAACUUGUUUGCAAAGGGUCAGGUCAGCACAGGCCAGUACCGGAUGUUGGCAAAGAGAGGAGGCUUUGUGUGGGUGGAAACCCAAGCCACUGUCAUCUACAACAACAAGAACUCUCAGCCACAGUGUGUUGUCUGUGUCAACUUUGUGCUGAGUGGCAUCCAGGAGGAGAAACUCAUCAUGUCUCUAGAGCAGACUGAGGAUGUGAAGCCCAUAAAGGAGGAGCAGCAGGAGGAUGAAAAGGCUGAAGUCGGUCCGAGCAGCCAGCCUGACAUGUCCCCAACCCUGCUGAAGGAGGAGGAGGAGAAGGGCCCUGAGCUUGAUGUGGUCAAGCUGUUCACACAGACGGUGGAGGCCCGGGAGCGGCCCAGCCUGUAUGACCAGCUAAAGGAGGAGCCUGAGGCCCUCACCCUGCUGGCACCUGCUGCUGGAGACACAAUCAUCUCCUUGGACUUCAGCUGCCCUGAUUCAGAGAUCCAGCUGAUGAAGGAUGUUCCUCUCUACAAUGAUGUCAUGCUCCCCUCCACCAGUGACAAGCUGGCUCUGACUCUUUCCCCCCUGCCGCCCAGUGAGCCUCUCCAUGUCAGCAGCACCUCUAAGGAUGUAAAAGCUAAGAGCUAUACCCCUGCCUCAUCCUCUACAGCGACCAGUCACAGCUCCUCAGAGGGUGACAGUUCGCUGGAUUUCUGUUUCCCCAUGGACUCAGAUUUCAAAUUAGACUUGGUGGAGAAGCUUUUUGCCAUUGAUCCAGAGCCCAAGACCCCCUUCACCACACAGGCAAUGGAAGAAUUAGACCUGGAGAUGUUAGCCCCCUACAUCCCCAUGGAUGAUGACUUCCAGUUGCGUAGCCUGAGCCCAGAUGAGCCUUUAUCAUGUGGACCAGUCAAAUCCCUUGAGAGUCCUCCAAUCAGCGUCACACAGGACAUCCAGAGCUACCCCAGCUCUCCAUUCAGUGCACCAGGCAGCCGCACUGCUUCACCAGCUCCUCCUGAGCCAGUAAACGCCCCUCAUCUUGCCACCAUCAUUUCCAAGAGGACCCCACAAGCGGACAAAGAAGUGUCGCUCAGGACCCUGGCAGCACAGAACACACAACGUAAACGAAAACUGGGGGAUUUAAAACAGUUGAUUGGACAGGGAACACUGCCUCCAGAACAAGUGGAGCAGGGCAAGAAGCUGAAGUCAUCAGAGUCAGGAAAAACUACAACCAUACUUCUGCUGCCUUCAGAUUUGGCGAGUCGCUUGUUGGGCAGUACUGCAGAGGGCACCAGUUCACCUUUCACCCUGCCACAGCUCACCCGCUACGACUGCGAGGUCAAUGCCCCCCUACAGGGCCGUCAGUACCUGCUACAAGGAGAGGAGCUGCUGCGUGCUCUGGACCAUGUCAACUGAGUCAAAGCUUAGCCUGUUCACUGCUGAACUAAACCGGACACUACAAUUUCUCCCUCUCUAAGACCUCCUAAUCCAGCCCCAUCCCUCUUCCCCUUUAUUUAUGUACUUUUAUGAGUUUGACUUUAGUUUGGCUGCUGUUUGUGCACAUCAUGUGAUCUCUGCAGCAUUCCACCGUGACAAACACCAUAGCAGCAUCUGAGUUUUUGGUGCAAGGGAUUCAGACAUCAUGAGAUGUCCAGUUGUUGUCCUUUGUUUUGUUUUUUUUGGUCUCUCCUCCAGGGGAGUCUCUCAGCACACGGCGCCUCGACAUGUGACCGUCUUCCAGCAGGUUACCACAGAGCCUGGCGCUACUGCCAGCAGUGUAUUGUAAGCUUCAGUCGCACAAUUUAUAUUUUCUUAAAAAGAAAAAUAUUACCAGCAAUAUAUAUUAAGCCUUUUUAAAGUCAUUUUAAUGGGAUUUGAACAAUUUUAUUUUUUCCUCCCAUACUUGUAUGUUGUAGUACUUGUACCUAACAAGAUGUCUUUAGUCCAGAAGUAUGAACAUUUUAUUUAAACCUUAGCUGGUUUGAAUGUUCUCAUUUUAAUAGCUAUCAGUCUUUGAGGUAAAUGCAUUUAAUUGUGUAGCAGUCCAGUACAUGUCACUGUAUUACUUUACUGUAAGUGUGUUACUGUACAUAUACCAGGGAAAUUUUAAUUUACUCAGUAUGGCUUCACAGCUUUGACUCGUACUCUCACACCAAGAGUAACUUCAUCUUCUGUUGCUUCUCAUCAUACAGGAUCAACUUUCUCUUCUAACAUGAAGUAAACUCAUGUUUUUGGUUUUAACUGUUUGACAUACUCUGGUCAGUUCAAAGAAGAGGGAUCUCAGCAGUUCGUAUAUUACUUGUGUGAUUAUUGUCAUCAUGGUAGCAUACGUGAGUUAAUGGUAGUCAGUUUAAAACCAUGGAUCCAUGACAUAUUGUUGGGUCUCUCAUGCUUCUUGUUGCUGUCUAACAUUAAAUGGCUUUAAUAAAGUG